AAAUAUCUUGGCGGGAGUGAUUUUGAGUCGUGCCCCGAAGGGGAAUUUAUCACGCCCAAAUCAGAUCAUUUCAAGGGCGGCAGAAGGGUCAAGUGCCCGAGGUACGAGGAGGUGUGCACCAUCGCCGCCGAUGGCAGCAGCCUCAUCAACCUAAAGAAAGGCGACCACGACAAUGACGGCCACGGCCAUGACGACUACGAAAAUGACGAUAACAAAAAUGAUGGCCACGGCAAAGGCGGCCACGGCAAAGGCGACCACGGCAAAGGCGACCACGGCAAAGACGACCACGGCAAAGACGACCACGGCAAAGACGACCACGAUGGCUGUGCGGCUGCUGUUGUUCUUUCCAGUCUGCUCCUCGCCGUGAUUGCUGCGGUGGUGGUGGCGACGUUGCCGCUUUGA